AUGUGGCACCGGCAAACAGCAUUUUUCCUGCUCGUUAACAAGUGUUAUGAAUGCGCGUUAAACGGGGUGCGCCAAAUUCGUUAGCAUUAGCACGCUAAAGUGAGUCUGUAUCAUCUUUAUUAGCGCUCUUAGCCAAAUGCUAAUUAGUGGCUGAGUUGCUGGGGGGAAAAGAAACUGACUUGUUUGUUUCUCAUUGUUGCGCGGCUGUCUAUACACAAUACAUUUGUUUUGUUAUUUGUAGCUCGAAAUGAGCGGAAUUGCGCAUCCCGUGAAUGCAGUAGUUAGCAGGUGAGCUAAUAAAACCCUGCGGACACAUUUGUUUUGUUCACUUAAACGGUUAGUUGUGCCUGAACAGCGUAUUUUUUACUAACGCAUUUUACGAAGUGCGCGAAGCAAAUGUUUCACGUUAGAGCCUAAAUGAGAAGUUGAGCUCCGCUCGGAAGUCACCAGAGCUGGAGAAACUUGCACCGGGGUGUUCGGGAGGCAGCCGGGCUACACAUCAUUCCGAGCCGCGGAUGCGGUGCUGCCGGAGAGGCCCGUUAAAUGCAAUUGAAGGAGAAAAUGUUUUCUCUCACGACCGUUCUAGACACGUAACGGUGCCCACAUUCUGCUGCUGAGGAGAGAGCACCACGAUGAGGAGACAGUAGGCACCCACCAUAGUAUGGCCGCAUCCCGCUCUUCGCGCGUCACAAGAUCAUCAGUGGGGAUAAAUGGAUUGGAUGAGAACUUUUGUGGUCGAACCCUCAGGAACCGCAGCAUCGCCCAGCCGGAAGAGAGCUCUCCGCCUCCUGUGCCCAGAGCCCGCUCACCCAAGAAGAAGCAGGACUGUCAGCAGCACCAGCAGACCGGAGCACAGGUCGGAAAGGUAGCCGAGAACAAGGCAGAGGGUGAACCGGUGCCAUCCUACGGAAAGCGAGGCUUGCCGAGCUCCGAGAAGGACGAGUCGGAUAAAUCGGACAACUGCGAGCGUCCUAGGGCCGGGGGUGGGCCAGAAGCCUCCCCAGCCCUGAAGAGGGCCAAGCGCUGCCCUCGCUCAGGUGAAUCGCAGGGGGUUGAGGAGGAACCUUCUCUCAAACCAGAGAGCCCUGAUCCCGCUGCCCCGAAGGAAAAUGACGAGGGCGCCAAAACAAACGUGUCCUCGGACCCUCCGCUCAGCCUCGACAAAGAGGCAGAGCAGAAACAGGAUGGCCCGGUGGUGGAGAUCGCCUCUCCGCCGCAGGCCGGCGAGAACGUCAAGGCCACCAACGGCCUUGCUGAACUCCAUAAGGAGGACUCAGAAGCUGCAGCCUUACCCCCGGAGCCCUGUGCCUCCCCUGCCACGCUUAACAACAGUCCUUCACUGUUAAAUGGCAGCCAGGCUGCACCCUCAUCUCCCGACCCUAUCGUGCCUUGUAGUUCCCCUCAUCCCAAGCAAGCCAAUGAGUCCGACAGCCCUCAGAUUGACUGUGAGAGAAACUGCACGACCGAGGAAGCUGCCGAGGCCGUGCUGUCCCGGGAACCCGAGAUGGAGGUAGAGGUGGACGUUGUUGGGGAUGCCGCCCAGGCUCAGGACGAGCUCGCAAGAGAGGAGAGCACCAACGGCGGCUUUCAGGCUGAUCCGCAGGACCCUUCUGAUAACUGCUCGAAUAUCUCAGGAGAAACGGUGGUGCUGACUGCCUCCCAGCUGCCUGCGGAGCCCCCCUCCUUCACAGAGCCUCAAGAACACAGAUACACCCUGAGGACUUCACCGCGCCGCGCUGCCUUUGGUAGUGGGCUCAAAGCCAGCUCCCCCAAACCCAGUUCCCCGCACAUAGACAAUGGUUCGCUGAAGGAGGAGUCCACGCCGGUUCCUCUUUCCUCUGAGGACACCAGCCAUAAAGACCUUCACCAUCAUGCACUGGGGUUUUCUAGCAAGGCAGACAAUGAACUCUCAGAGAAAGCAGGGGUCAGUGGAGAGGUCGGAGUGUCAGAUAGUAGAGUUUCGAGAUCCACCAAAGAGCUGCUGGCCACUCAGGCUGAGGAAGAUGAAGAGGAAGAGGAGGAUCCGGAUGUCUACUAUUUUGAGUCUGAUCACUUGGCUCUCAAACACAACAAAGAUUAUCAGAGGUUGCUCCAGACCAUCAGUGUACUGGAGGCCCAGCGAACCCAAGCCAUCCUGGACCUGGAGACACUGGCACGGCAUCAGAAGGAAGCCCUGUCUGACCCCAUCGUCUUUGUGGACCAGCUACAGAAACGGGUGGAGAUGGGUCUGCCUCGGCCUCAGAGAGUAGUCCAGCUCCCGGACAUUGCAUGGGACCAAUACACCUCAGGCCGUGGUGACUUUGAACGGGAGUUCUGUGACAAGAAGCGCAAAACACGACAGUUGCAGUUAAUCUUUGACAAAGUGGGGUUGCCUGCUCGACCAAAAAGUCCUGUGGAUUCCAAGAAGGAGGGUGACUCCUCAUCUGUCUACUCCUCCUCCCUGCCGUCAAGUGACGGUCCAGAACACAGCAUGUCCAGUAGCAGAGCUCAGAUGAUUAGAGGGAGGCUGUACAACCAGAACAAACCCGACACCUUCAACCAGCUGUGGACUGUUGAAGAGCAGAAAAAGUUGGAGCAGCUGCUUUUAAAGUUUCCACCAGAGGAGGUUGAGUCCAAACGCUGGCAGAAGAUUGCAGAUGAACUUGGCAACAGGACCGCCAAACAGGUUGCUAGCAGGGUACAGAAAUAUUUUAUAAAACUGACAAAGGCUGGUAUACCAGUGCCAGGCAGGACACCCAAUGUGUGCAUGUACAGUAAAAAGGCCUCUAGUAAGCGACAGCACCACCUCAAUAAACACCUGUACAGGCCCUCGACAUUCCUCACCUCGUACGAGCCGCCAGUCUACAUGGAUGAUGAGGACGAGCGCUCCCACUUCUUCAACAGCCUCCAGGAUAAUGGAGCGGAUGAUUCGGAUGAGGAAGGGGUUCCAGUGGAGCUGAGGCACCUGCCGGAGUAUAAGGAGCUACUGGAGCUGAAGAAACUAAAGAAACAGAAACUACAGGAGAUCCAGGCUGAGAGCGCUCUCACGCAGCACGUUGGCUAUAAGUGUGACAUGUGUGGCAUGGAGCCCAUCCAGGGAGUACGGUGGCACUGUCAGGACUGUCCGCAGGACAACGCUGUGGACUUCUGCAGUUCCUGCUCUGACUGUUUGUUCAAAACGGAGACCCACAAGCCCACACACAGACUAGAGCCGGUCUGCCAGGCCGAAACCUUCCUGGACAAAGACUACUGCUUACCGCAGAGCACAGGCUACAACUACCUGGACCCCAACUACUUCCCUGCCAACAGAUGACAGGGACGAGCUCCAGCGCUAGUAUCCAGGGCUGGGCCGCAGCCUCCAGGGCAUUCUGUGCAUGGCUCCAUCAUCCAAGUCAAAGAGGGUACAGCAGAUGGGCCGCACCUCGCCCCGACCCGCUGCCGGAGGGGGGUGGGGUUGGGGAGGGUUGUCAAACCUUACCAGGUCUCGUCAAGUAACACUAUCUCAAAUCAAAAGAAACGAGAGGGAAGAACGAACAAAAGAAAAGGCGCACCGACAUUCCCAGUCCCAGGACAUUUAGAAGGCAACCCGACGCUUCCCUUUCGCUCCGCCGUUUGAGUGACAGGCCUCUCGGAGGAGCGCGCGGCGGCUCUCGAUCCAUCGGCCGGAGCGGGGUUGGGCUCGCGUUAAAGUGCAAAAUGUCGUCUGUAGUUGAAAUAUUUAUAAGUGAAGCUUUGUGUGUGAGCUCUUUUCGUGAGGCGGGAGUACAAGGAAAAGGAACUUGGUGCUGAGACCGUCGUCUUCGAUCCAUAACCAGGUUUUUAACCAAUCGAGGAGGUUCGCUCGCAACUCCGACGUUCUAAACAGGGGUUAAAACAAAAAACGAAAAACAUAAAAUCCACCCCCACCCCCCCCCCAUACGUGUCUCUUGCCAUGGGCUACCAUUUUCACUAGAAGCUGCUCUUUGUUUCCUCUUACGACCGUUACAUGAUGUUGUCACUUUAUUUACGUUCAUUUCUUGUUUUUUAAAUUACGCCGAAUUAAAAAAAAAAAAAAAAAGCCACUCCACUUAACCCGAUAGGUUUCCAAACCUCAAAGCACUACAGCACGGAGAAGACCAGCUGAGAUCUGGAAGGCGUUAUAGCGCUCGUGGAGAGCUUUCUUUUCUUUUCUCAAUGUGUACUGUUGUUGAUCAUGUGGAGUAAUCAAAUAUAUGGUGAAAAGUAGCCAGUGGUAGUUGCCGUGUGCCAUUUUUUUUUUUUUUCUUCCCUGUCCAGUCGAUCGAAACCUGGCCACUUGUUUUAGAAGAAGAAAAUAAAGAACUCGUGGCACGUUUGCCCUCUGUGAAAAACUGCCCGACCAUCGUCACGCCUUUAGAUCCCUCUAAUUUUCGCAGUUUCCGCACGGUCCAUGAAAAGAUUGUAUUUUUAUUAAUCUAUUUAAAAAGACGAAGAAUAACAAAAUCGAUUUGGUGGUAGUCGCCGCACUCCCACGUUAUUUUAUACACAUGCAUUUUGUUGUGCUUUGAGUAGACCAUUUUGUAUUGGGUUCUGUUCUGUUCACCUCCCCUCCCUUGACCCGCUUCAAUAUCUGUGUAUAACAGUCUGUUCUUAAAUAAUGUAAAAAAAAAAAAUGUUAGAGGAGAACUGUGGAAAUAAAAGUAUGUGAAAAGUCUUUCUACA